AUGGCCUCCCCUGUAUCGGUAUCAGAACUGGUGACGGCGAUGAUGGCCUUGAAGAACAUGUAUGAUCAACACCAGGAAAACAAACAGGAGGUGAAAGUACUGCAGGACUUCAUUGCAGAAUACAGCGAGCAUGUGCCCAGUAUUCAACAAGCUUUGAAGGAUCGCAAGAGUACUGGUGUUGCUGUUACUGUGCUCAAUAAACUGGAGUCGGACCUCGAAGAAGCCACAAAGCAGCUAAAGAAGUGGGCUGCAGAUAGAAAUUUCUUCCGUGUCCUCAAAUCGACUGACAGGAAGGAUAUAUUGGCCGCCAUUACUAGUCUCGAGGAGGCUAUCACAAAAUAUUCCGAUGACUUCAUGGAUCCUAUUUUGCACACGCUGAUGAUUGAUCCGGUCGUGGCAACCAACGGCCAUACUUACUGUCGGUGGACCAUUAUCGAUAACAACAUGAUUAGAGAUCCUCACGAUCCGAGCAAAGACUUGACGAUUAUGGUAGACAACGUGAAUCUGAGGAGGGGGCUGUUUGAUAUGUUUCCCGAGCAAACCGAAAAAUAUCGGCAACGUCGACAGGAGUAUCGAUGCAAGGCUUUAUCCUUGGCUAGAAGUAAUCAACUGGCAGAUGCUGUUGUUGCCUUACAGCAUGUGUUAAAAUGGAACGAAAAUGAUGAGGAGUGCGCUCUUGCACAUGAUGAGGUGAAAGAAAUACUGAAGAAUAUUGACAUUCAACAUUCGCAUGAUAUGCCCGAUCCAUCUCCUUCGAAUGGAGACCAGAGCUUAAGUCGAGUUGGUGACAGCAUGAUUAAGAAAGACACGUUGGAAAUCCCCAAUUGGUGGGCACAAGAUGAAGUUAGGUUACCAGAUACAGGUGAAGGUGAUGACGAGGCUGAUGGAACUGAUGGAUCAACUCACCCCUGUGCACACACAGCUGAAAAUGAUGAAUUGGAUUUGUCCAAAUCAGAGGUGGAAGACACGGAUGCGUCGGUUUCCGUUGAGGCAGAGGGGAGUGACACGGAGGCAGUAUAUUCAGAAAUCGGAUCCCUGCUCAAGCUCACUCUGAAGAGAAGAUGGUUUCGUGGUCAUUCAAAAACAAUCACCUCUGUCCACUGGAGUCCUGGUGAUUAUGAGAUAGUGACUGCUUCUAAAGACAAGACUGUUAUUAUCUGGGAGAUUAAAUACCGUCCUUCUCAUGAAAAACCUUCGGGUUGUCUUCCGAGCUUGCGUUGGCAAAGUGAUUGGAAAACCGAGAAAGUCAAACAGUUUUACGAAAGCCGUAAGCAAAACCUGUCAGGAAGAGUCAAGAUGACAUUGAAGGGGCACUCAGGACCGGUGAAUUGCGUGGGAUACGAUGUCAGUGGAAGAUGGAUAGCAAGUGCAUCUUCAGACAAGUCCGCAAAAAUCUGGAAUGCACGAACGGGUUCUGUCGUACAAACUUUAAGAAGUCAUUCUGACGAUGUAACAUGCGUCGCUUGGAGUAGCCUAGGCUACCUGGCAACCACGUCCGCGGAUUGUACCACCUUGAUUUGGGAUGGGAAAACGGAAACAAGUAUUUUCGCUGGUGUUCCCAAGUCAGGGACAUGGAACACACACAAUAUCCUUCGCAGGGCAUUCACGACCAGUGACGUCUUUGGCUUGGUGCCGGAGAGGCAACUACCUGGUAACUGCAUCUGCUGAUAAGACUCUGAAGACAUCGUUUGUAGGACAUAAAUCAGAUGUAUCAUAUUCCGUGGAUUAUCUUUUUGAUUUUUUGAGAAAAAACAACACGAAUGGGGGGUAUUGACGAGGGCUAAGGCGAAGAGGUCAAGGGGUGAGAGUAGGGGUUUAAACAGACACAUUAUAUGAGUCACCUAUCGUGCAAGUGGCCGGAGAUGAACCCGACACCUGCCUGAAAGUAACGUAACCAGUCUCCCCAGAUGCUGACUAUGGAUUAUGAUUUCACAUUAUUUGUAUUUGUGUUAGUUUUGCCCACGCGGUGCCCAUGUGCAACGGGCGAGCAGCAGGCUGGGCAGAAGUUUGCAGGUCCACAAGUUCUUUCCAAUCAGUGAACGACGAACUGUACAGUGGCACCCUUGACCUAUAUAAAAAUAAAUAACCAAAUAUCAGAUUAAGAUUUAAAACUCAUUUAGUAUAAUAGUAAAAAUAAAUAAAUAAAUAAUAUGAAAAAACUCUCUUUUAUUUGAUUGUUCUAGAAUAAUAAUAAAAUUAAAAGAUUCCAACUUUUAUUAUGAAGAGGUUGUUAAGUAGGAUUUGGACAAAGAUUUUAGAAUCUUAGUAUUAAAAGAUUUUUUCUUUUAGUCUCACAUUGAUAUAAUGAUGGUGCUAACAUUUAUAUACUAGUAAUGAGGGCCUUCUUUUGUUACAAAAAUUAAUAAUAUAGCAAGUCUGAAUAGACUAAACAAUACUUUUUUAUAAUAUUUGUUGAAAUAUGUAUAUCAUUAGUUACUUAAUUUUUUUAAAAUAAAUUAAAUUAGAUUCUUUUUUGGGU